AUGAGUUUAUCUUCGUACUUCAAGCGCCAAUCACGUGUUCUUCGCAACAGCACCAUCUCUGCCUUUGGGCUUACGAGCAUUCUUGAAGAGGAUACCGAGUCGAUUAAAACGAGCGUCAAAGCCAAACGGCGGCAUGGCGUCUCUGACUUGCGCAUUCCCUCUCUCGCCGACUUCCAAGCCGAACUGCCUGCCCUCAACUCCUCUGACGAUGAAUCAUCCGAUGGAGGGCUCCCUACCACGCCCACCUCGAGCCAAGAGAGUUUUACUGGCCAGGCAGUCAUCCGCUGCAAAAGCAUCAAGCCAUUGACUGUGUCGAAACGCAGUGUUUCCCCAGUCCCAACCCUUUCUUCAGAAGAAGAAGAUGACGUUUAUUACGCUGCUCACGCCAGAGGUUAUAUCACUCUUCGUCGGUCAUCUUCAUUGACCACCCAGGCAAUGCAUCGCGAGAGCGCUGUCAUCAUGCCUGUCAGCCGCCGAUUCAGCAUUCCGUCUCGUCCCCCUCCCCCACCACCUAUUGACACCUCUGUUCCAAACUUCUCGCGUCCUACUGCUGUCCUCGCUGACCGACCUCCACCCCGAACCCCAGUCCCGACUGAUGCUUGGAGCGGAGAUUACACCGAUGCAACCUCUUUCACUGCUUCCCCUUCGAUUUCGAGCUCAGGCUCCUCGUCGCCAUUCUCGUUUUCUGCCGCGUCCACUUCCCCUUCUACCAGUCUGGAUGCUCUCCUCUCUCCACCACAGCCUCAGUUUCCUGUUGAGUCUCAGAGCAUUCCUAUGGAUGCUGACGACUGGGAGGAGUGUGCAUUUGAUGAAGAUGAUGUCUUUCAUGAUAUUCCGUUGUCUCCUUCCCCUUCACCGCUGUCGCUUGGUGCCCCCGCUAUUGAGUCGAUCUGCGUACCAGAGCCAAAAUCAGCGGGCUCUCCUUCAUUCUCCGAAUAUACUCCGUCGCCUCGGCCACGACUCUCUUCGCAUUCCCAACAACUCCGUUCUCGCUGGUCUUCUUCGACACUCUCCUCUGUCCACUCUGGUCGUGGAGCAACAUCACCAAAAACCUUUGCUUUCGCCAGACGCUACCUCCGUGUCAAAACUCCUACUCUCAAUCUCCGGAGCCCUUCAACUCCAUCACCUAAACCUUCACCAAAGCGCCGCUCUGGCAAAAAGAGGCUUACUGCUAAGGAUGUUGUUGUUAUGCAUCCCCAACAACGAUCCGGACUCGAGUCGCCGCCUCCCCCCAGUACCGCCCAAACCGACGGUUAUCCCUCCUCUCCCUAA